AUGGCUGCUCUAGUGGAGUUUGGCUUCCCCAAGGAGUGCUACUGUGGUGGAGAGCCACUUGUAGCCACUUCUUACACAAGAACUGACCCGGGGAGAAGGUUCUACACCUGCAAGAACAAACAGGACGGAGACUGCCAUGUCUACAAGUGGUGGGACGUCGCGGCUACAGAGGAGAUCAAAGCACUUGGUGCACAAGUGACCCUCCUCACUGAUAAGGUAGAUUCGCUUUCAUUCGUCGGUUACGAGGACACCGAGGUGCGGGAGUUAAAGGAAGUUCAAUUUGAUAUGGAGCAGAAAUUGGUUAGGUUGGAGAGCAUUGUAUGUGACUUAGGUAGAAAGAAAUCUAGAUUUGGUUAUGGGUUUGAACUAGUUGUAGGUGUUCUGGUGGUUGUGUUAGUCAUAAUAGCCAUCGGAGUAGCUGCUCGUAUGUAGGUUUAUAUGUCUUGUGUUUCUCGAAAAUGUAUGAUUAUCCUUGUGUUUUGUUAAACCUUGUUCAACUCGGAUUACGUAACCCUAUCAAACUCUGAUUAAAUCUUGUUUCAAAGUCUUGAUUGAUUUUUUUUAUCAAAACUCUUGCUAAAAUUAGUUUUUGUUUUUGCAUGUACCAACUAAAAGAAAAACGUGUUUGAUCAUGUAAAGAAAAACUACUCUCCCAACUACAAAGUAGUUGUAAUAU